CCUCACUACGAAAUUAAUCCAGUGCUGCUAUAGAACACAAAUGGGAUCGAAAUGAUGCACCCAACCGCUUAAGAGGUUGGAAGAGGAUCAAAGCAGCAAAACCGUUUGCUGGCUACGGGAUUGAAAAGGUUAACUAGGCUUGGGAGUUUGUCAGUGGAUUUCCUCCCAGCAGUACCAGACUCGCUUAGGCGGGGACUCGCUGAUAAGCCAAACCUACAUCGGGAUAGCCUACAUAUAGUUUUAGCUGGGGCUAUAUGGCACAAAAGUGUACAUCGAAUUUUUAUCGUGAUGUCAUCGUAGCAAUUCGCAGUCAAUAUAAUUAAAGGCAAGAUUCGGUUGUUCAAAGUUAGGCACUCAUGCUACUCACAUACUCUUCGGAAACUUGGGUUACCCUACCCGUUCCUCAUCUGCGGAGCGCGCGCAUCUGACAGCCUCUGCAGUACGGAUUGGUAACGGGACACUCGGUUCGUCUCGUUUUCUCUCCUCGUGUUUUGAAUACUUUUUAAUCCGGUUUACAGGUUGUGACACUGUGGAUCCCGGGUAUACAAAAUGUGGCAGCUGAUAUUUUUCGGUGAGACUUGCGUGACUGUUGAAUGAUCAAACGGACUGAGAACUGAGAGGUGAUCAGCUGCUCUCUUCACUGUGUCUGCAUGACGCCACCAGCCUGGACCUCCCAGGAUCCUUCUGUAGAGCCUGAAGGAACUCACCUGUUCCUCAGCCCUCCAAUGCCUGACUCCCAGACCAGCGACUGAGCCCCUAGCGUGACCAGCCCAGCCGGCCACCCACCCCGAUGCCGCCAUGCCCAUCAUCAGCAACGCAAACCACGACUUCAGCAACCUCUCGGGCAGCGAUGACAGCAGCCUCGACGCCGUUUUUACCCAGAUCCCGGAGACGGAGACAGUCAAGGGGGUCUACUACCAGAGGGCCCAAUUCAUACGACGACCGGAGGACCUGACGUCAGUGGACCACGGCCUGCUAGCGGUCAUUAACGUGGGGGGCAACCGCUACACCUUUCCCUGGAGCACGCUGGAGCAGUUCCCCCUGACUCGGCUGGGACGCCUCUGUGGCCUCAGCAGCCCAGAGGAGAUCGCUGGCGUGUGCGACGACUAUGACGAGACCCGGCGCGAGUUCUUCUUCGACCGGAGCCCGUCGGCCUUCCGCGUAAUUCUCAACUUCCUGGCAGCCGGGAAGCUGCGCAUGCUGAGGGACAUGUGCGUGCUGUCGCUCCACGACGAGCUCCUCUACUGGGGCGUGGAGAUGACCUACAUGGAGCGCUGCUGUAAGAGGAAGAUGUACACGCGCAUCGAGGAGAUGAAGGACCACGAGCGGCAGGAAGAGGAGCAGAGGCAGCGGCACGCCCUGCUGCGCCCCCCCGUCGAGGAGACGCGCUACCGGAGGUUCAUGAACCAGCUCAGGGACAUGGUGGAGAACCCCCAGUCUGGCCUGCCAGGGAAGAUCUUUGCCUGCCUGUCUGUGGUGAUGGUGGCUGUGACCGUCAUCAGCCUGUGUGUCAGCACCAUGCCGGACCUCAGAGAGGAGGAGGAGAGGGGUGAGUGUUCCCAGAAGUGCCGCCUAAUGUUCAUGGUGGAGACGGUGUGCGUGGCGUGGUUCUCCAUGGAGUGGAUCCUGCGCUUCAUCCAGGCUCGCAGCAAGCUGGAGUUCAUCCGCGGGCCCCUGAACAUCAUCGACGCCAUGGCCAUACUGCCCUACUACGUCUCCCUGGUGGUGGACGAGGACGACCCGGCCCUGGACCACGAGAGGCCCGGCGGGGCCAGCUACCUGGACAAGCUGGGCCUGGUGCUGCGCAUCCUGAGGGCCCUGAGGAUCCUGUACGUGAUGAGGCUGGCCCGUCACUCCCUGGGCCUGCAGACCCUGGGCCUGACAGUGAGGAGGAGCACCAGGGAGUUCGGCCUGCUGCUGCUGUUCCUUUGCGUGGCCGUCACCCUCUUCUCCCCGCUGGUCCACCUGGCUGAGAGCGAGCUGACCGGCGCCCAGGACUUCAGCAGCAUCCCCGCCUCGUACUGGUGGGCCAUCAUUUCCAUGACGACGGUGGGCUACGGGGACAUGGUGCCGCGCAGCAUCCCCGGCCAGGUGGUGGCGCUGAGCAGCAUUCUCAGUGGCAUCCUCAUCAUGGCCUUCCCCGCCACCUCCAUCUUCCACAUGUUCUCCAAGAGCUACCAGGAGCUCAAGCAGGAGCACGACCGCCUGUUCAAAGAGGAGUGCGCGGCCGCGGCAGCCCUGGCGGCCUCCAACAGGGAUGGUCAGGAGGGGAGCGGGGAGUUCCCUCCUCCAGGGCUGCGCCACAUGUGCCCAGAGACAGAGAGCACUCGUUCCCUGGAGUCACUUUCCCUGCUGGGGAACGCCAACGAGGCCUCAGGGAAUAACCAGCACAGCCCCAGGUUGCCGGCAGGGGCCUUCUAGACAGAUGGACAGCAGGUAGACGGGGCAUACCUGCCCUGCCCCACAGACCUCACAGCACACUGUGGACAGGAGUCCUUAGCAGGCUGUCCAUAGACUAAUUAAAGAAGAUGCAGUAAAACGUCCAAUCCAAAGCAAUUGUCUCUUCAUGUCUGUUUUUUCUCUGUACUGCAUAGCUCACCCACUACAUACUUGUUUAAAUUUUAGUCUCAAUCUCUGAAAUCAGACAUUGCAGACCUAGUCGUACGGAAGCUGUAGCCACCUGCUGACUUUAUUUUUGAGAGGCUUUAAAAGCUGUCCCUGAGUGACUGCAGAUGUCUCUCGUUUUCUCUCGUUUUCUCUGUCUCUGUCUUUCUCUCUUACUCAUUCAUGUGCCACUCCUUCAUCCCAACGGGCAGGAAGAGGAGAUUGAAGGAGCUGUGAUCAUAGAGCUUUUAUAAUCUGCUGGAGACAGAGAGCCAUGUGCGUCCAAUGAACUUUGUAAAACUCCAAAUAAAAACACAAUUAAUCUCAA